AUGGAGCACUCGCUUGCCAAAGCCGACUUCCUCAACAACCCGUCCGAUGCCGUGGUCCAGAGCUUAGUUCUGUCUCUGGGGUUGGGUCGAUCCCACGAGAACGCGACUUACGUAUGGAUGAUGACCGGGCUGACUAUCAGGAUGGCUCGGUUCCUUGGACUGCACCGAGAUGAAGACGAACGCGGCUAUGACAUGCACUUUCAGGCUGAGAUGCGACGUCGAACCUGGUGGAACGUGUGUGCACUCGACAUGCGAGCGACGGAAGAUCAAGGGACUGAUCUGGCGAUUACUCCGGGAAGCUACAGUACCAAGUUGCCUUCGAACAUCAACGACGCCGACAUCUGGCCCGGCAUGACGCACACGGCGAUUGCAUCUCAAUCUCCCACCAACACUACACUCCUGCGGCUGUGCUCUAAAAUCACACGUCACUCCCAAGAGCUCUUAUCUUCUCAUCAUCCGUUUGAAGACCGCAUCCGUGGACUACAGGUCUUGACGCAGGAGCUCGAAGAAGAGUACUUCAGCCGGACCAACCAGUCUCAUGACCCGGCGUAUCUAGCAGCGACAGGGACGAUGCGUGUCUUUCUCGGCAGGCUGACUCUGCUGGCUUUCCUGCCAGAGCUCUAUUCCUCCUCCGAUGACACGCUCUUCGUGGCAGCAAUCGAUGUACUGGAGCACAACCACGCCUUGAAUUCUGAUGAACGCUGCCUACCUUGGAGAUGGGUCUACGGCAAGCAGCAACAGUGGCACGCAAUUGUCUAUCUCCUUCUCGAGAUCUGCCGGCGUCCGUGGUCGCCUUUGGUGGAGCGAGGAUGGGCUGCUGUGAACAGUCCGUGGCUGGUGCCAGCGAGAGCAUCGAAUGAGAAGGACUUCAACGUACUGGCUCCGCUCAGAAGACUAAUGACCACGGCACGGCAGCAUCGAGAGAGCGAAUACACCCGGCUUCACCAUAACAUGGACGCUGCGUCGACUCUGGAGAGGGAAGACCGACGGCGCCAACCGAAACCCUCGAGCUCCAUUACCUUCCCAGCGUAUUUCGACGAUGAAGCCUUCUACUCGCGCUGGCGCGAUCUUGUCCGCACUCCCAACGAAACAGCUGAUGCGAGCAUGACAGGCAACUUCCGCACGAACACGCCGCACGGCAACCCAGCCGGCCCUUUGCGUCCAUCCCACGGUCAGUCUCAAAUAGCGAACCAGCGAACAAGUGAGCACCCAUCCUCAGCAGCGACUUCCGGGCUUGCUCCGUUGCCAAACGUCACACACUGGCCAACAGCAUCCUCUGGCAUCGUUGGCUUGAGUAAUCUCAGCAGUUUUCUCGGCACAGACGCAGAGUCGGAAUUGCCUGAUGCUACAACUCAUGCCAUUCUCGAUUUUGACUGGAGUCGAUGGCUUGAAUCCGCUAGAGGGACGCUGUAG